AUGCAACCCUCCGUCUCUUUACCAAAUGCCUCUUAUUACCUGGGCCCGGAGCGGGAGCCGCCGUUGUCACGCGCUGGCUUCAUCACUCUUUCUGUCAUCAUGGCCAUUUUCACUGGCCCUGCCAUCGUGCUCAAUGCUACGGUGAUUAUCGUGUCUCUCAUGCACAAGCAGCUGAGGCAGCCGCUCAACUACGCUCUGGUGAACAUGGCAGUGGCUGACCUGGGCACAGCCAUGACAGGAGGGGUGCUGUCUGUGAUCAACAACGCUCAGGGCUACUUCUCCCUGGGAAGGACAGGCUGUGUGAUGGAGGGUUUUGCAGUAUCUUUGUUUGGCAUCACAUCUCUGUGCACAGUUGCUCUGAUAGCAGUGGAGAGAAUGUUUGUGGUCUGUAAGCCACUAGGACCAGUAUCCUUCGACCUAAAGCAUGCAGCGGGGGGUGUAGCCUUGUCCUGGCUCUGGUCCCUUAUAUGGAACUUACCUCCCUUGUUUGGCUGGGGCAGGUAUGAACUGGAAGGUGUGGGGACGUCCUGUGCACCAGACUGGCAUAACAGAGACCCUAAAAAUGUCUCCUAUAUUCUGUCUUACUUUGCCCUAUGCUUUGCCGUUCCCUUUCUGAUCAUCUUGGCAUCCUAUGCAAAACUACUGUGGACCUUACACCAGGUGUCUAGGAUGGCCUGUAUCGAAGGGGGAGCAGCAGCUAAAGCAGAGAUGACCGUGGCUCGCAUGGUGGUUUUGAUGGUGCUGACGUUUUUGAUCAGCUGGAUGCCCUAUGCCAGCCUGGCUCUGCUGGUGGUCUACAAUCCUGAUGUGGAGAUUCACCCCCUGGUUGGCACAGUACCCGUCUACCUGGCCAAGAGCAGCACUGUUUACAACCCCAUCAUCUACAUCUACCUAAACAAACAGUUCCGAAGAUAUGCAGUUCCCUUCCUGCUGUGUGGGAGACAGACAUGGGUGGAGGAAGAAGUAUCAGAGACCCAGACCACUAUUGAGCCUGCAACGAACAAAGUGUCUCCCUCCUGA